AAAGUAUACGUUUUUGUCAUAUUUUUUAUAGUAUCUGAAAAAAAAUUAAUGUUUGCAAAAUAAUUACGAGUAAAUGCAUUUCAAUCGUUCAUUUUAAUAAUGAAUCAACGUAAUAAUACUCAUAAUAAUCACUUAAUACUGUAGGAAGCGCUUUCGUACUGAAAAUGGACAUGGAAGAACAAGCGAAUAUGUCUAGCGAAACCGCUCCAAUAGUGGAGAAUGUAGGAGUUGACACUGUCGUCCAAAAUAGGAGACAUUUAGAAGAAGAAUUUAAUAUGCAGAGAGCUAAAAUGAAAGAGCUUUUUUUACAAAAAGAAGAUGAUCUAAGAAGGCUUCGUUUGGAGAAGGAACAGCUUGAUUCGGAAGUCUUAGGUCUGAGAGCUGAACUCCAGCAACUGCAGACUUUUACUGAGAACCAAAAAUCUGAGAUACAGAGCUUGCAGAUGUUAGUUAGUGAAACAAUUGAAGUGUCAUCCUCGGGCACUGAGGAGAUCCGACGUCUCAAAGCUAAGAACUCGGAGCUUGAACAACAGUUACAGCAACUUCGCACACAACAACAGGAGGUGUCUUUGGCUCCGGCUACGUUUGUGCGGACUCUCGCGCGUAAACUCGGCGCCGACACGGAACUUGACCAGCCAGUUAAGAAGAAUGCAGAAGAAGGAGAGCUGCUGCAAUCCAUCAUUCAGCCAAUGGAGAUGGAGAUCGUCGCUCUUAAGAAUAAGUUGAGAGACACAGAUACACGCCUACAGGAGGCUUUGAAAUCGGCUCCGAGUUUAGCAAAUACAGGAAGUAGUUCCGGCGAUGGCAAAACAGAUCCAGAAGGCGAGAAGAGUCAGGUGUCGUGCGAUAUGUGUGCCAAUUACGAGAGGCAGUUGGUCGCCGAACAGAGUCGAGCUGAUGCUGCUCGCGAGAGGGCCGCUCGAGCCGAGAGCGCGCUGAAACUGGCGACAGAAGAAUUGGAAGGCGUCCGGUCAAUCCACGAGGAGACCGUCCGCAGUUGGCAGACGGAGCGCGCCGACAGCUUGGCCCGCAUCAGUGUUCUCAGCCAGACCCUGGGCGAGGGCCACCAUUUGGUCACGGAGCGCUGCGCCGCCGCCGAAGACGCCUCUCGGAGGGCCUUGGAACAGGUCACCACGCUCACAGUGGAGCGGGAGACGCUGCAGAAGAAAUUGGAUAGCUUGGAGAGAGACAACGCCCUGUUGAUAGGACAGUAUGCGAAGAAGGCGGCCGAGAUGCAAAACGAAAUUAUUAAUCUCCCUGAUAACGUUAUAGAAUUGCAAGAGCAAUGCCUUCAACUGCGCGAACAGCUCAUUUUCUGUCAGCUCGGUCGCGAAGAGGGAGCGGCCAGCGAACAAGAACUGCGGAACCAGCUUCUGUCUCACGGGGCCCUGCUGCACCAGCAGGAGGCCGCCCUGGCCUCCGCCCACGCCGACCUGAGGAGCUGCAGAGACGAGCUGGACAGACUCCAGACUGAGCGGGAACAGAUGAACGAACUCGCAAACAAGCUGAGGCACUCCACGGAUAUGAUUGAGAAACUUCUAGAAGAUAAGAAACGCCUGCAAGGCGAGGUGGCGGAGACCAGAAAUCGCGUUUCCGUCCUGCAACAAGAGCUGGACAACAGCGAGAAGGUCCAGCAAGACUUCGUGAGGCUAUCGCAGUCUCUGCAGGUGCAGCUUCAGCGCAUCCGAGAAGCAGACACGGAGGUGCGGUGGCAGUUCGACGAGGACGUCGGCGAGUGCCCCUCCUGCCACACCCCUUUGCCCAACAGUAGGAAAAAGAUCCACUGCAUGCACUGCGGCCGGAUAUUCUGCGGGCCGUGCGUGAACCACUGCGUCCCCAGCGGGCCGAGGGGCGCCCCGGCUCGGGUCUGCUCGGUCUGCAGCACUCUGCUGCAGCCCCACACCGCGCCCUACUUCAGCACCAAACCCCCGAACUCGCCGGACUAACGACCCUCGGGCGGCCAAAGCUCCCGUUGAAAUCUGCAAUUCAACUGUGAAUAGAUGAGACCUCGUAAUCCUCGAUAUUUAUGAAACGAGCUGAAGGGAGAGCGUCCCCUUGGUGCUGUGAAGUAGAGCCUUAUUGUUAUUUAGUGUCUAUCAGUUGCGUCCCACAGAUUCAACACUUGACCCCCAAAUACGAAGAGAGUCACUUGCUAAAAAUACAUUAGCAUUUAUUAUUGUCUGUAUAAAAUCAACUUACCUAACUUCAUCAGCAAUAUCUGGAACUCGUUCAGAAACACGGUCAGGAUUCAUUGUUGUUAUUAUUUUUUAUUAUUUAUUAUGUACAAAAAACCUGUAUACACUCGGCAAAAAAGUUGUUCAAUGCGAAAUAGAAUAACGAAACGAAAG